AUGGAUGCCGCCACCCGCGGCCUGCACGAGGGCAUCGACGCCGCGAUGCGCCGCACCGGCGUGCCGUAUCUGCAUCCCGACGGAGAGACGAUCCAGCUCGACCUGCUCGGCAGCGGCCCCAUGGUGCGGUGGCAGGAGCGCAAGCAGGAGCUGAUGUUCCUGGGCUCCUCCUGCUGGUCGGACCUGCCGCAGAUCUACGGCCGCUACGGCACCACGCCGUCGCGGCGGCUGCUGGCGUGGGUCCGCGAGUUGGAGGGGGCGCAGGCGGCGGUGCUCACCGACACCGGCAUGCAGGCGUGCGCGCUGCUGUUCGACGCGCUGCUGGAGCCCGGCGACCACGUGGCGUGCGCGCGCGGCGUCUACAACAAGAGCAAGGCGUACCUGAGCCGGCUGACCACGCUGCUCGGCGGCGAGCUGACCCUGGUGGACGACCUGAGCUACGCGGGGCUGGCCGCCGCGUUGCGGCCGGACACUCGGCUGCUGUUCGUCGAGACCUAUACCAACCCGCUGAUGCGGGCGGUCGACCCGGAGGCGCUGGCGCGCGCCGUGGGCUCCGCGCGCGCGGCCGGCGGCGCGCGGCUGGUGGUGGCGCUCGACAGCACCAUCGCCAGCCCCUGGGGCCUGGCGCAGCCGGCGCUGAGCUGGGACGGCGUGGACGUGGUGGUGGUGUCCGGCACCAAGGCGCUGGCCGGACAGGACCGCGACAUGUGGGGGUAUCUGGCCUCCGACGAUGUGCGCCUGCUCAACGGCGUGAUGGAUCUGCAGGCGAUGCGCGGCGGCAUCGCCGACUGGCGGCGCGCCACGGCGAUCCUGACCGGCCUGGAUCAGGCCGAACCGCGCUUCCGCCGGCGCUGCGCCACCGCGCGGGCGGUGACCGCGUUCCUGGCCGCCCAUCCGCUGGUGGAGGCGGUGUUCCACCCCACGGCGCCCGGCCAUCCGGACGCCGCGGUGAUCGCCACGCACUACACCGAACCGGGCUCGAUCGUGAGCUUCCGGCUGCGCGACGCCGACGAGGCGCAGGCCCGCCACUUCUGCGACGUGCUGGCGAUGUGCGGGGUGCUGCGCUACGCGCUCAGCUUCGACGGCCUGGCCACCAAGCUGAACCACCAUCGCUCGGUAUCCGAAUACUUCACGGCCGAGGAGGAGGUGCGGCGCAUCGGCGUGGAUCGGCUGGUGCGGUUGGGCAUCGGGGUCGAGCAUCCCGACGACCUGAUCGCCUGCCUGAACUGGACGCUGUGGCACCGGCAUGAAAUCACCUCGGCCGAGAUAGCAGCGUGGCAGGCCGAGCGCGCCGGCGCCCUGGGGCUCGGCGACUCCUGA